CUAAGGGAGUACAAAAGAUAGUAGUUAAAAAAAAUCUUACUCAUAAUAUAUAUGAAAAUUAUUUAAAAUCUCGAAAAGAAUGCAUGGUAACUAUGCAUCAAUUGGGAAGUAAAGACCAUAUUAUUAGACUUCUUCGUUCAUCUAAAAUUG